CAUAGCAGCUAGAGCAUCCUUUCUUCUCCUACCUUUUAAUUUCAAGCAUCUGCAAGUUUUCUCAUCUCCCUUAUUUGAUAUACCAAGAAAGGAAGACAUGGCGACAUCAAUAGCUUCACAGUUGCAAUCGAUUAAAUCCCUCAUUCAAGCCGACUCGGACCCUCUCAAGAGACCCUUCACUCGCCCCUCCAUUUUAUUCGACCCCAAAGAAGCUGCGGAUAUUGAUGUUGACACUAUUCUAAGUAUUGCAUUAUCAGGGCUAGAGGUUCUCAUAGGUGUGGAUGAUCGAUUCAGAAACUAUAAGAAUGAUUUGUUUAGUCACAAGAGUAAAGAAUUGGAUAGAGAAUUAAUGGGCAUGGAUGAUAAUAAUCGCAUUAAUGCCUCAAUCAGUUCAUACUUGCGGUUACUCUCGGGGCACCUUCUGCUUCUUGCUUCCCUCAGAACCUUGGAGUACUUGAUACGUAGAUACAAGAUACAUGUUUACAAUGUUGAAGAUUUGAUUUUAUGUUCUCUACCGUACCAUGACACACAUGUUUUUGUUAGAAUAGUUCAGUUACUGAAUACAGGGAAUAGUAAAUGGAAGUUUCUUGAGGGUGUCAAAGUCUCAGGUGCACCACCUCCUAGGACAGUGAUAGUGCAGCAAUGCAUCCGAGAUAUGGGCGUCUUGGAGGCCUUGUGCAACUAUGCAUCUCCAAUGAAGAAGCUUCAGAGUUCAAAACCCAUCAUUAGCUUUUGUACUGCAGUUGUAAUUGAGGUCUUGGGUUCUGUUACAACUAUUGACAGUGAUAUUGUAAAGAGAAUCCUCCCAUUUGUAGUUUCUGGUCUUCAAACAGCCACUAAGGGAGGUUCUGAUCACAAGGCUGGUGCUUUGAUGAUUGUUGGCUCACUGGCAAGUAGAAUUGCAUUGUCUCCUAAACUUGUAAAAAGUUUAAUUCGAUCAGUUGCUGAGGCAGCAAGGGAAGAUGCAAAAGACUCAAAUGACUUGCAACAUCUUCGGAUGUCAUUGAUGGCGUUAGUAAUUCUUGUUGAGCAAAAUUCUGCUGAUGUGCUCCCAAAGAAGGCAUUGGAAAACUUGAGGGAGAUCAGGGAUUUUGCUGGUAUUCUCCUGGAGCUAUCUAAGGAGUUUAAUAUUGAUAAAUUCCUUUCUGUGCUGUUGGAAUCUCUGAUUGACUACAGUUCUGAUGAUUCAUGGCACCUUGUCAUAACAACAAUAAUGGAAACUGUUCCUCUUGGAAAUUUAGUUGAUUCUAUUGUCUUAAAGCUUCUCUUUUCCUGCAUGAAGUCCUUACAGAGCGAUAACAAUUCAUUGUCAUCGGAAUUAGGAAGCAAGGCCAAGAGGAUUUUAGCUGUUAUUCAUAAGAAUUAUCCAUCUCAACUAAAUAGAGCAGUUCACAAGUUCUUAGAGGAUAGCAAAGUACAAUCCAAGAAAGAAGACAUAAUAUUUGAGUUCUUGUGCAAAAUAUUGGAUGAGAAAUUGAAUUUGUCAACGGUUAUCUCAGAUUCAAAAAUAUGGUUUGCGUCACACCACCCAAAGCCUGAGGUUCGACGGGCUACACUUUCAGGGUUAAAUAGGUCUGGCAUAUUGAAAAUUAAGGCUGCUGCUGAUGACCAGAGAUUGGUAACUAUCAAAGAUGCUGUAUUGCAUCAGCUUCAUGACAAUGAUCUGACUGUGAUCCAGGCUGCUCUAACUCUGGAAGGAUUAUCUGAAAUAAUAAGUUUUUCUGAUCUUCUCAAAGCAUUGCAUGAUGUGCUCAAAAGAUGUUUGGGCAUUCUAACGUCAAGUUCAUCAGAUGAAAUUACUUUAGCUUGUGAUGUUGCUGUUUUGUUCCUAAAGAUUGCCGUUUCCAGUUUCCAUGAUCAACCACAGUGUUUAAAGAAAGUUGCUUCCAUGAUGUUCCCUUUACUCUUAAUUUUUCCUGAGACACAGAGGUUGAGCUUAAAGGUUUUGGAACUAAGUAAGCAAUUAAAGUGGCCAUUUUUCCAGAACCUUGCUGUUAUCUCUAGUGAAAAAAUGAAUGUGCUAGCUGGACGUAUGUCUUCAGUUGGGAAAGACAAAGACAGAUACGAAAAGAAAAAUCAGAAACGUGGAAGCAUCUCGACAAUUAAUAUGGACAUAGUCAGCAGUUUGGCAGAAACAUUCUCACGGGACCCAGAUGAAUAUAUUCCUUGGUUUACCAGCAAUUGCAGUGAUUAUAAGUCGAAGACUUUAUUCUUUUUGGUUAUGAUGCAGUCUUUUUCAUUAUCACAAAAUACUGGUAAAGUUUUGGCACUUUUGGAAGCUUGUUUUCCAGUUCUCAAGAUUGAGUGGGAAGCUUUAGGGUCUUCAGUUGAUGCUUCCCUGAAAGAGUUCAAAGAAGAAAUGCUUGAUUGGGAUUGCAGAACGUUUCUAGAUCAGCUAUUUGUUGUUGAUUCUGAUGCACUGAACACCCAUUUACUUACCUGCUUAUUUUGGGGGAUAAUCAAGGCAUUCAUUUCAUCAACAUCUGCUUUAUUGCUGGAUGAUAGUGAAAGGGGCGUUAACAGGCUUCAGGAUUUCUUCAUCUUUUUUGCGGCUUCUCGUCUGAAUCAUAUUUAUAGAAAGCAUCUUCAAGAACUUGUUGAGAAACAUCUUCAUGACCUCCUUCCAAAGUGCAAGAUGUCUCCAGUUCGUUUGCUAUCCAGGUUUUUUACGGAAGAUGUUCCUGCUGAUGUCCAAGUUCAGAGUCUCCACUGUUUUUCUUUUCUUUGUUUGCAGCUACAUGAUGGAUUGCUGUUUGAUCUUCUGGCUGAAUUUCCAUCAAUUCUUGUUCCACUUGCUAGUGAUCACCAGGCUACUAGGUUUGCAGCAAUGGAUUGCAUCGAUCACCUUCAUAAGUUGUGGUGUCAAGUUGAUUUCUCUAGCAAGAAAAAUGGCAAUGCUGCAAUUUGGAGCCAUUUUCUUGGUGAUCUCUUAGCCUUGAUGAUUCAACAAACAAGGCUCAUAUUAUCAGACAAAAACUUUCUCUCUUCUUUUCUGACAUGUUUGCUAGGCUCAUCCCGCAAUAGCAUUUUAGUGCCUCCAAAUAUUGAACAGAGAUUUGAUCAAUCUACAAAAGAGAAGAUUCUUGCUUUCAUAUUAGGUUCUGCUGUAAAGCUUUCUGGAUUUGGGCAGUUCAAGGUUCUGUCUUUACUCAAAGGAUUGGGUAAUGAAAUUUUUCACAUCAAAGAUGUUGAGUCAUUAUUGUCUGGGCUUCUGACAAAACGCAGUCAACAUCACUUUAAGUUGGAUAAGUCAUCCGAAAAAUUGUCACAAAUUGAAAUCAAGACCUUGUGCUUACUUUUGGAGAGUUGUGUUGUUCCCUCUUCAUCACUUGAUGGAAAUCAUUAUGAAGUUCAUGUAUUGGAGACUUUGCAAUUGGAUUCUACAACUCCGGAAGAACCUGGUAUCAUAGAACCUUGUGUUGCUGUCUUGCGAAAUAUGAGCAGUAAAUUUUACAGCGGUUUGACAGCCAAUGUACAGGAUCAUUUGUUUCAGGAGCUGGUGCUUUUGUAUCGGAACAGUAAUGGCAAUAUUCAAAAUGCAACCAGAGAUGCCUUGCUACGCUUGAAUAUAUCUUGCUCAACGGUCAGUCAAAUGCUUGAUCUUAUAUUGAAACAAGAAGCUCUUGUAGUUGAUUCAGAUUAUGGGAGGAAAAAGAAGAAAUCAGGAGAUUAUUUAAAGCCUGAUCUCUAUCAAAAUGCCUAUUCUAAAGUCAGAAAUGCUCUCUUUUUCCUUAGCUCCCUUCUUGAUGUAUUGCUACUGAAGAAAGACAUAGCAAACAGGGAGUCUCUUAUAGGACCCUUAUUUAAGCUUCUUGAGAAAGUUUUAUCAGAUGAAUGGGGACAAUGUGCUCUCCUUCAUAAUGAAAAAGGGAUCCAAUCUUCAUUAGAAAUCUCUCAGGCCAGUUCUAGUGUAAUGUGUUACAUUCAACAGACACUAUUGUUAAUUUUGGGAGAUAUUUUUGCUUCACUCCUGAACUCCAGUCCCACAAAGGAUGAUGCAAUGAAAGAAAUUGAUGUCAAAAUGUUGGUUAAUUGUGCUCGUGGGACUGAGGAUGCUGUCACCCGUAAUCAUGUCUUUGCAGUUUUAUCCUCCAUUGCAAGGUUAAUUCCAAGCAAGAUAUUGGAACAUAUAUUAGAUAUACUUGCAAUUAUAGGAGAAUCAACGAUUACGCAGAUUGAUAACCACUCAAAACAUGUCAGUGAGGAUCUUAUAUCUGUCGUCGUUCCCUGUUGGCUGUCUGAAACAAAUGAUAUAGAAAAAUUACUUCAGAUUUUUAUAAAUAUAUUGCCUGAAGUUGCUGAGCAUAGGAGGCUGUCAAUCAUUGUCUACCUUUUAAGGAUUCUGGGAGAAUCUGAUAGUUUGGCUUCUUUACUUGUCCUACUUUUCCAUUCUUUAGUUUCAAGAAAAGGAUUGUCUCACCUUGAUGACAUACACACUUCAGAAAACUUUUCAUCCUCUGCACAUAAAGAGUGGGAGUAUGCAUUUGCAGUGCAAGUAUGUGGCCAGUACUCAUGCAUGAUAUGGCUUCCUUCUUUGGUUAAGGUUCUUCAACUUAUAGAAAGGGAUGAUCUGGGUCAAGAACUGCCCGUGCAAUUGCUAUUUGCAAUGGGAUUUAUUUUACAUAAAUUGCAAGAUCCAGAAUUUGCAUUGAAGCUCAAAUCAGGGGAGAAUUCAGAUAAAAUCCAGGAAAAACUUGAAGAACUUAUGAAGCAUGUUCUUUCUCUCUUUCAAGUGGUAGAUGCCAGAAGAAAGCAAAUAAACAUUCCAGUUAUCAUGAGGAAAGAACUGAGGGCUCGCAUGGACUCUAUCUUGAGGAAUAUUACAAUGGCUAUGACCCCAACAGCAUACUUUCAAGCCAUCACAAAUUUACUUGGUCAUGCAGAUGGCAAUGUGAGGAAGAAGGUGCGUCUUGCUCUGCAGCCUUUGCUGAAGAUUUAUUCUGGUGCUGUUGAUUCUGGAGAUUCAAGCUUGAUGAUUGCUUUUGAAAUGCUAGCUAACUUGGUUAAUAAAUUGGAUAGGGCAUCUGUUAGCAGUUCCUACAGGAAGAUUUUUGACCAGUGCUUGCUUGCACUUGAUCUGCGCAAUCAAUGCCCUGUUUCAAUAGAGAAUAUCAAUGUUGUAGAGAAGAGCAUAAUUGAUGCAAUAAUUGCUCUGACAAUGAAGCUUACCGAGACUAUGUUUAAACCUCUUUUCUUCAAGAGUAUUGAAUGGGUAGAGACAGAGGUUGAGGACAAUGGUGGUAUGGGCAGUACAAACAUUGACAGAGCUAUAUCGUUAUAUGGCCUGGUUAAUAAACUUGCUGAGAACCAUAGGUCUCUGUUUGUCCCUUAUUUUAAGUAUUUGGUGAAGGGUUGUGUACAGCUCCUUACUGACACUGGAGAUGUUAGUACUUUGAAUUUAAGUCGAAAGAAAAAGAAGGCCAAGAUUCAGGAAACUGAAAAUGUUGGAAACAAUGUGCUGUCACUUAAAAGCUGGCAUCUCAGGGCAUUGAUAUUGUCAUCUCUACAUAAAUGUUUCCUUUAUGAUACUGGGAGCCUAAAGUUUCUUGACUCAUCAAAUUUUGAGGUUCUAUUGAAACCCAUUGUCUCACAGCUUGUCGUAGAACCACCAGCUCUGCUAGAGCAGCAUCCAGACAUUCCAUCAGUGAAGGAUGUUGAUGACUUGUUGGUUGUUUGCGUUGGUCAGAUGGCUACCACUGCUGGAACUGACCUGCUAUGGAAACCCCUUAAUCAUGAGGUAUUAAUGCAAACUCGAAGUGAGAAGACGAGGGCUCGAAUUUUAGGCUUGAGGAUGGUUAAGCAGUUUUUGGAUAAUCUAAAAGAAGAAUAUCUGGUAUUGCUGCCUGAAACCAUUCCAUUCCUCGGCGAAUUGCUUGAAGAUGUGGAGUUGCCUGUUAAAUCCAUGGCACAAGAUGUUCUCAAGGAAAUGGAGUCCAUGAGUGGUGAAAGCCUCCGGCAAUAUCUCUGAUUUUUCCAAUAUUCCUAAUCUGCGACUGAGGUGAUGAUUGAUACCGUAAGAAAAAUGACCCAUGUGAAGCUAUUGCAUCUUAGAGGAGAAGUCAGUGAAUUUCUUCAAGAGAUUUUGUAAACUGUAUGUCUGAAUUUAACUAUGGUUUUAGGUCACCCAAAUGCUGACAAUUUUUGUAUACCUUGGCCAGCACUGCCCAUGUAGUCAUGUAAUUAAGGACAAUUGUUCUGCAUCUGCAAAAUUCCUAAUUUAAGU